AAUAAAGUCAGUCAUACCAGUUUCUUUGAAUAAAUGCCGGGCGAUUCAUUUUAGUUUUAGGAAUUUUUCCAAAUCAUCGUUGUUUAGAGUCCCUCUUUAAACCUCACGAUGAAAAUAAACGUUGAUGGCCUGUUGGUUUACUUUCCUUACGAAUAUAUUUAUCCCGAGCAGUAUGCUUAUAUGCUUGAACUCAAGAGGUCCCUGGAUGCUCAGGGCCACUGUGCACUCGAGAUGCCUUCUGGAACAGGAAAGACAGUCACGCUAUUAUCUUUAAUUGUGGCGUAUAUGAAACAACACCCAGGUGUCAUCACUAAAUUGAUAUAUUGCUCUCGUACUGUUCCUGAAAUAGAAAAAGUAGUGGGAGAAUUAAAACGUCUCGUUGCAUAUAUUGAAGAAGAAACUAAACAAUGUGCUAAUAUUCUUGGACUCUGCCUGAGCUCUCGUAAAAACAUGUGCAUCAAUGAAAGCGUACUAAAAGCUGUCGAAGGAAAAGCAAUUGAUGGAAAAUGUCACGCAUUAACUGCAUCAUUUGUCCGUGAAAAGCAUAAAUCAGAUGCGUCAGUUCCAGUCUGUGAUUUAUUUGAGAUGUUCGAUAAAAUGGGAAGAGAAACGAUUAUGCCUCCUGGUGUAUAUGAUUUAAAUGAGUUAAAAGAUUAUGGAAGAAAGAAUGGGAUGUGUCCAUAUUUUCUAGCAAGAUGCGCCAUAGGUCAUGCCAAUGUGAUCGUUUACAGUUAUUACUACUUAUUAGACCCUAAAAUUGCUGAUUUAGUAUCCAAAGAACUAACAAAACAAGCUGUUGUUGUCUUUGAUGAAGCUCACAAUAUAGAUAACGUUUGUAUUGAAUCGAUGAGUAUUACUAUGACAAAAAGUGUAUUGGAUAAAUGUCAAAAUAACAUUAAAACGUUACAAGAUCAAUUAGAAAAAGCAAAGGAUAGAGACACUAAUAAAUUAAAAAGUGAAUACAAACGCCUAGUGGAAGGAUUGAAAGAUUCCAAAGUAGCACGAGAAACCGACCUUGUACUGGCUAAUCCAGUUUUACCAGAUGUUAUCCUGCAAGAAGCUAUACCUGGGAAUAUUAGAAAUGCCCAACACUUUUUAGUAUUCCUUAAAAGAUUCGUCGAGUACCUAAAAACGAGAUUACGCGUUCAACAUGUUGUAGAAGAGAGUCCAGCUAGUUUUCUACGAGACUGCCAUCAGAAAGUUUGUAUAGAAAGAAAACCAUUGAGGUUUUGCAGCGAACGACUACGGUCACUGCUUAGCACAUUAGAAUUAACUGAUCUGCAAGACUUCUCUAGUUGUGGCCUGAUUGCCAAUUUUGCAACAAUGAUUUCUUCAUAUACGAAAGGAUUCACUCUUCUAAUUGAACCAUUUGACGACCGAACUCCAACCAUAUUCAAUCCAAUUAUGCACUUCAGUUGUUUAGAUGCUUCUAUCGCGAUUAAACCUGUUUUUAACAGAUUUCAAUCUGUUACCUUGUCUCCACUUGAAAUAUACCCAAAAAUACUGGACUUUCGUCCUGUAACUAUGGCAUCUUUUACUAUGACACUAGCAAGAGAAUGUGUUUGCCCUCUAGUUAUAAGUCGGGGUUCAGACCAAGUCACCGUAACAACCAAAUUCGAAAAUCGAGAAGACCAAGCUGUUAUUCGAAAUUACGGAAAUAUUUUGGCUGAAAUGAGUGCCAUAGUACCUGAUGGAAUAGUUGCCUUCUUCCCAAGUUAUGGCUAUAUGGAACAAAUUGUUUCGUCGUGGCACGAUCAGGGAAUUAUAGAUCAAAUUCAAAGAUUCAAACUUGUUUUCAUAGAAUCUCAGGAUGCAGCCGAAACAACGAUGGCCCUUGCUAAUUAUCAAAAAGCCUGUGAGAAUGGACGUGGAGCAGUGCUUCUGUCAGUUGCAAGGGGAAAAGUUUCAGAGGGUAUAGAUUUUGAUCACCAUCUUGGAAGAGCUGUUAUUAUGUUUGGAGUCCCAUACGUGUAUACUCAAAGUCGAAAAUUAAGAGCAAGGCUGGGAUAUCUUAGAGAUCAAUUUCAUAUUAGGGAGAAUGAUUUUCUAACGUUUGAUGCAAUGCGGCACGCUGCUCAGUGCGUUGGUCGUGCCCUCCGUGGUAAAACAGAUUACGGCAUAAUGCUUCUUGCAGAUAAGAGAUUUGGGAGAGCUGAUAAGAAAAAAAAGUUACCGAGAUGGAUUCAAGAGCACUUGAAGGAGUCAAUGUGUAACCUAUCAACUGACGAGGCUAUUCAAGUAUCUAAAAGAUUUCUUCGAUCAAUGGCGCAACCUUUCAAUAGAGUAUGA